GUUCAGGCUGGAGGGCCAGGCAGACAGGUGAUAAACCCUCCUUAAACCCUCAACCCAUCAUCGGACUUGCCACAGACCUCACACAGUAACACACACACACAGGGAUAAUGGCGCAUCGCUUAGUGAGACCUCUACGAGGGACCAUGACAAGACUUCUUCAGCAGCUACAGUUGAAGCCCUCCAGUGCACUGAACCCGGCAAACUCAAGCAGAAAUUACAUAUCAGAGAUGCGAAAAGAAGCAUUUGAGGGCAAUAUUCUCAGACUUCUCCGCAAUGAAAUCCAAUACGAACUCGACCACUCUCCUCCCUCCCAGCCUAUUCCAGAAUUUCACCUUUUUACAGUUGAUGAAAGGCCUGGAGAGCAGUGGAUCAGAUUGAAGAAGAAAUUUGGAGAAACUGAAGAGAUCAAAGUUGAUGUAACAAUGUUUGAUGUGUCUAUCCCAAAAAAGAAACCAGGUGGUGUUGUCACGGAGGAUGACGUGCAGCUUCGUGUUACUAUGAUUGUCAAUAUCUGCAAGGGGGAAGGUGUUGAUGUUUUGGAGUUUGUUUGCUCUGCAUGGCCUGACACCAUCGAGAUUCGGAAAGUUUAUGCUCGUGGACAAAAACAGAUUACAAGUCCACCCUACAUGGGCCCGGAGUUUAAGGAAUUGGAUGAUAAGCUGCAAGAUUCGCUUUAUGAUUAUCUGGAGAUAAGGGGUAUAAAUGAUGACCUUGCUGCAUUCUUGCAUAGUUACAUGAAGAAUAAGGAUAAAACAGAAUUUAUUCGUUGGAUGGGUACAGUCAAAUCUUUUGUUGAGAAGAAACAGUAGUAGUAGUCAGGCUACACUUAUCACUAGUUGCGGUAUCUAGAUCAUUUGAUUGCAGUAUAGGAAGGAUGAGACUUCAUUACUUGUCAUCAUCUUUGAAUUUCACCUCAAGCGUAAGAUGUGUCACCUCAAUUUUAACAUAAGAUUGGAAGUAGGCUGACUUUUUCCCGGCUUUUCUAUUGGCUGUUCAAUAUUCUUGGAUUUUCUUAUUCUUGUAAUGUGGAGUUGAACAUUAAAAAGAUUCUGUAUGCUGUACAAGUCAAUUUAUGAA